GCCUGUGAGUUUAGGUGGACGGCCUUGUCUUGGGCACGGGGGAAACGGGUCGUUGGACGCGGUACCAGAGGAGCGGGAACCAAAGGAUAGACGAGUCCUGGCAGUUGACUACAGCAGAUUGAAACCUCAAGAUCUGAUUGAACGCGCCACCGGGUUCAGUGACAGCAACAUCUGGCUGGACUGGAUGGCUCAAAAUGCUAGAGAACAACAAGUGUCUAACUGUAUAGCUUGUGCUUCUGCUAGACCGCGUCUAUUUACAGAGCCUGCACCGCUGCAUCCAGAGGAUCAGUGGGGUUAUGAUUGCAUGUUGCGAAUGACUAGAGAAGCAGUGAGUACUGGGAACUGCACUGUGUUGUCCAGUUUGUUUCCCCCUAUUGACAAACAAACCAAAGUAGGACCGUUUACGCCUAGAAAAGGUAACUAUACUUGUUUUAAGUUUUCCACAGAUAAAGUAAAAUAUAAGGUGGGAGAUAUCGACCCAAGUUGGUGUUCUGUCACCCGGACGGGGAGGACCACAGACAAUGUGAGCGAUGCAACCACCUUAAUUGGAGCCUGGGCUAGAAGCGGGCUGUACUAUUAUUGCGGGCACAGGACUCUUUUGGUUCGUGUUCCUCUGGGAAGCGUGGGGACGUGCGCAAUGGUGAGACUAGGAGCGCCUCUUACGCUAAUUGGAGACCAGGUAAAAGCGAUUCCACAGCACAACACACGCACAUUGACAGCCAGGCGCAGGAGACACAUUUUGGUUAAAAGGGAUGGUGAGGGAACACGUGCUUAUGACCCUAGGAUGGAUUUACCCACCUGGAUCGACUCUAUUAGAAUGCCCAGGGGAGUUCCAGAUGAGUAUAAACUUGCUGAUCAGAUAGCAGCUGGUUUUGAAAAUCUUCCUAUAAUCUCUGCCUUCUUUCCAGUGACCCCAAACAAAAACGUAGACAGGAUAAAUUAUGUUCAUUACAAUGUGCUGAGACUCUCUAACCUUACCAGAGACGCCAUGGAGGGGUUAGCGGAGCAGGUGGGUCCGACCUCAUUGAUGGGGGUGCAAAAUAGAAUGGCCCUUGAUAUGUUGUUAGCGGAAAAGGGGGACGUCUGUACCAUGUUUGGUGAUCAGUGCUGCACCUUCAUUCCAAACAACACUGCUCCAGAUGGGUCAGUAACUCGAGCUCUGGAGGCCCUGAAGAGUCUGUCUACAACCAUGCAUGAACACUCGGGGAUCGAUAAUCCGCUGGAGGGCUGGCUGACCUCAGUGUUCAGACGGUGGAAAGGGGUUGUGAUCUCGGUCAUGCUUUCCUUCUCUGUUCUGGUGGGUAUUUUGGUCACAUGUGGUUGUUGUCUCAUUCCUUAUGCCAGAGGUUUGCUGGAAAAGGUAAUUAUGAGGGCAGUGGACCCAGGAGUGAUCAGUCCAAUGUCCGUGAUGCCGGUGAUGGACAGGGAAGUGGCUGUGUAGGUCGAGGGUGUGACACGGCGAUAGCUGUGGUGACCUCUGGAUGUUAUCCAGAGGUCAGGAGAGGGAAUGAGAAGGGAUAUUUUACUGUUAUUUUAUCAUUACAUCAGAAUCAUAUAAUAAGCAUUGCAUUAAAGCAUUUAUUGAAGCUA